CACAUCUCUUCUCGUCAUCAACUUUCCCAUGAAAAAAGAUCGUAGACAAUCUUCUUGCGCCCACACUUACAGCGUCAGUCCAGAGAUCACAAUCGUUCCCACCAGGCGACAGAAAAGUCUGCGGGUCAAUAUCCUCUAACCGCUUGGCUGCCACUGAUCCAGUGGUUCGACAAACAUGGCAACCGAGGUUGUGCUAGAGACGUCGAUGGGCCCCAUCACCGUCGAACUCUACAACGACCACGCUCCCAAGACAUGCAAAAACUUUGCAACAUUAGUCCAAAGAAACUACUACAACGGCGUCAUAUUCCACCGCAUCAUCCCGGACUUCAUGAUCCAAACAGGCGACCCAACAGGCACAGGGCGCGGAGGGACAAGUAUUUACGGCGAUAAAUUCGAAGAUGAGAUCCAUGCCUCGUUGAAACAUACCGGAGCCGGCAUCCUCAGUAUGGCCAACAGCGGCAAGGAUACCAACGGAAGUCAAUUCUUCAUCACUUUGGCCCCGACGCCUUGGUUGGAUGGAAAACACACUAUUUUCGGCCGUGUCAAAUCGGGACUCAAGUUAGUUCAGAGAUUGGGUUUGGUCAAGACGAAUAGUGACGACAGGCCGUUGGAUGAGGUUAAAAUCAUAAGAGCCAAGGUUGUGGAUGCGACGCAAGAUGGGUUGAAUGAGUGAGCGAGGUAAGGCUCUGGGGGAGACAUUUACUGCAAACGGAUGGACCUCCAAUUUUGAGACUCGAAGCUUGUUCGGUUCGUUUCGUGGAGAGUCCUAUCAAAUGCAGUUGAGACAGCAGGUCACAUGCCAUGUACUCCUAUGGCUAUUCAUACGGUGUCGUCGACCGUUUGUUCAGAGGCCAGUCGAUUUCUACGAACCAGGAAUCCUGACCACCAAUCGCCCUUGGACGGCAUUACCCCGACCAAAGGCCUCACUAGACCUGGACCUGUAACACAACGCUCCGUGUGGUAUCCCGCCACAUAUAUCCUGAUUCACCCGCACAUCUUGCGCCAGAACACAGAACCGUCAAGAAAUGACCUCAUCCCGCCACAUGUCACUCAUGGCAUGGCCGACUUUUGGUUAGAUGGUAGUUAACACUACCUGGCCACAGCCAACCAACCAGGCUCAACCACUUCUAUUUUCGGGAGAAUACCCCUACUCAAGGGGCAGGGGAAGGGGGAAAAGGCAUUUUAGCCUCGGUCCAGUCCGUUCCUCCCGUCACAUGUCUAUUUGUUGUCGGUAACGUCAUCUCCGCGGAAGACCUUGUUUUCUCAGACAUGGGAUCAACAACGUUGCUUUCCUGUGGGACAUGUGAUCCACAUGAACACCCCAACCAGAAUGCGAGAGACAGAGAGAGAGAGAGACAGCCCUUGUCAGGAACUACCAUGUCCUUGGUAACCCGGCCGACUGGGUCUGCACGUGGAGAACAAAAAUUGGGUUGUGUUCCUGGAUCUAAAUCCUAUUUUAUCGUCGUUUGAUGGUUUCGAGGUGGUUGGUCUGCGUAUCUGGUUUGAUGCUCUAGGUCUAUCAGCGCUAUGACCUUACAUGGCAACGAAUGUGAAAGCACGAGUCCGUGGGUAGACUUGUCCUUGUCAACAGACAAGUUGCGACCGUCGUCGCUUCUUUGCAUGUUGCGCAGUCUGGCCCUCUUUACUGGAAAAUGUCAUAACUCAAGUGAUUGGCAAAGACAGUGAUUAUGUAUAGCUAAUACGAUGAGAUCUGGUAUCAAACGCACAUCGAACUAUGCAAGGCCCCCCUUGUGACUAUCUAUCGGUUUCUGCUACCAUGAGAUCUUGGUGACAGCUAUGGAAAAGAU